AUGGAUCCAACACUGAAUUCACUUCUCAAAUGGGGUAUUGAAAACUCCGAACCUUCAGCUAGCGCACAGGACCAACCGGCCAGAGAACCCAGAGGGUUAUCGGCUGAUGCUCUGCGCGCGUUGAUGGGCGGUCCCAGCGACGCCGACCUGAUGCGUGAAGCCAUAGCUAUCGUCCAGUCUUCGGACCCCGAAGUCACGCACGAUGCCAAAAUGAUCGCCUUCGACAACUUCGAGCAGCUGAUCGAAAACCUGGACAACGCCAACAACAUGGAGCCGCUCGGACUGUGGACGCCACUUCUGUCGCAACUCGACAGCCCAGUGGCGGACUUGCGACGCAUGGCGGCCUGGUGCCUCGGCACCGCGGUUCAAAACAACGAGAAAGCACAGGAACGACUCCUAGGCCUCAAUGGCAUAGAGAAGCUGUGCAGAAUGGCUCUCGGCGACGAGGACAAGGCUACGCGAAGAAAGGCCGUCUACGCCCUGAGCUCUGGGGUCCGGAACUAUCAGCCGGCCAUGAAUGAGGCCGUCAAGCGAUUACCCAAGGAUAUCGUCGGGCCCGACCAGGUGUCCGCGGCGGAUAUGGAUGUCAUUGACGCAAUCAUGGGAAAACUGAGAGAGAGGUAG